AGGCUAGGCACUGAAGCUUCGCUGAUCCCCUGAGGCUGCUUGGCCUGGCCCCACCCCCGCCCUGGGUCCCGGCCCUGCCCACCCCAGCCUAGACUGACAGAGCUGGUGCUUGCAGCUGCCCACCAUGCAAGGUAGCCGGCCCGGCCAGCAGCUCUGAGCGUGCAGGGAGCGCCGACCUGGGGUCGAACUGUCGCCCCCACGCAGGGCCUAGAUGUUCCCCUCGCCCGGUCUCCCGCCCGCUGCCACCACCCCUAUCCUCUCUGACUGAGCUCGGCGCCCCGGAGAGGAUUAACACCCACCGAAGAAGGGGGCUUCCUUUAUCAAGGAGGUGGCUAUUCAGGUGGCCACCACGGGUGUUGGGAGCCAUAGGCUGGGGUACUACUGAUGUCAGAAGUGAAUGGGCAGGUUGACUGACCACAGGCAGUCUCUCAACAUCAGCAUGAACUCCAGGAUCCUGUCUGCUCGGGGCUGGCUCAAUAGCCACCUACCUACCACUGAACCUGACCUAGAGCCUGCCACUGAUGGGCCCACUUCUGAGACCACCACCCUCAGCCCAGAAGCCACAAGCUUCAAUGACACCAGAAUCCCUGAUGUGGCUGAUGGCACGGCUGGCGUGGGUACCAUGCUUCUGUCCUUUGGGAUCAUCACGGUGAUUGGCUUGACUGUGGCCAUGGUUUUGUACAUCAGGAAGAAGAAGAGGCUGGAGAAGCUGCGCCACCAACUCAUGCCCAUGUACAACUUCGACCCCACGGAGGAGCAAGAUGAACUGGAGCAGGAGCUGUUGGAACAUGGACGGGACGCGGCCUCCGUGCAGGCCGCCGCCUCCCUGCAGGCCAUGCAGGGCAAGAGUGCUCUCCCCUCCCAGGGCCCACUGCAGAGGCCUAGCCGACUGGUGUUUACCGACGUAGCCAAUGCCAUCCAUGCGUGAGUGGCCACGACAGGCCUGGACCUCUGAAAGAGACACCUGCCACAGUGCCCACAGAGCUGCCCACUCCCUGAUUGUCAAGACCUAUUCUCAGGACCUGCCCUGACAAGACAGGAAGGGGCUGGGCCAUGCCCCAGCUAUUCUGUAGACCCACCUGCUGACUCUCCAGCCUUGAAGAGAGGCCCUGGCCAGCCUAGCCAUCUGGCCACUGAUCUCUCCUGACUUGACGGACCUGGCACAGAGGGUAUCCUUUAUGCCAGGAAGGUCAAGAGCCAUUGCUGGCUUAAUUGUCUGCUGGUCACACCCCUCUCAUCAAGGUCUGCUUCUCUAAUAUGGAGGAAAUUGGGGGAGAUACUCUGGGAGAGGAAGAGGGAAAGGAGAGGUGGUUCCUCUCUGUUGGGAAGAAAUCUGUAUUUUAAAAUUUGGAGCCUCUUCUGGAGUGAAAAGAAGCAACCACCAACUUCACUGGGACAAGGUGGGGCAGUACCUGUUUUAGUCCCUGAAAGGCCCACAGAUGAAGUUGAAUCUGCCCAGGGGACAAGAUGCCAGGAGAAGGGCUGUUCAUGCCCAGCCUCCAUCCAUAUUACAGAGGGUCUGUGAGGUCUAUCCCUGGGUAGCCACCUGCUUUGGGGCCCAAGUAAUGGAGGAGGCUGAGAGAGAAGUAACUGGGGGUAUGGAUGUGGAGGGAUGCUGACCCCAGACCUGCUGAAAGUCUUCAUGCAUGUGCAUAAGUGGACCUACAUGCAGAUGUGUGCGGGGCACAAUAGAGACCCUCUUUGUUGGCUCUACCCUGUAAGUCAACCUCCCCCUAUGGUACGUAGCGGAGCACUGGGGUAGGCCACCUACUCUGGCCUUCAGUAAUUGGGGACUCAGGGGAAGAUGGAAGCAAAGCUGAUUUCCACUCUCUACUGCACUUCUUCAAUGGGCUCUAAAAGCCGUGCUUACCUGCUUCUGGAAAUGGCUCCCUGUCUUUAUCAGGGAUGGUAUUCAGGGAGAGGCUCUUGGUUUGAGGGCAGUGGGGAUAGGCUAUAGGCUAGUGGAAACAGUUCUAACUGCCUGAAAAGGAAUGCCUUGUGGGAUUCCUCUAGGGUGAAGGAAGGCAACUACUCACAUGGGACAGCAUAGAGCAGCACCUGUUAUAGGCCCUGAGAGACCCAGAUAUAGAGCUGAAACUGCCUAGUAAGCAAGAUGCCAGGAGAAGGGCUGCUCAUACCCAGGGUCCAUGCACAUUACAGAGGGCCCAUGGGAUCUCCCAGACUCCUCAUAAGAAACCUAGUCCAUUCUUUAAUUUUCUCUCCUACUCCCAUCCAUGGGAAGGGCCCCUUGGUAUUCAUGGAGUAGAAAAGAGGGUCUUUGCACUUGUCCUCCCCCUUAACUUUGAAAGUCCAGGAUGAUGCCAGAGACAUCUGGGCAAGAGAAAAACCCCAGGGGCUGGGCAGUUUUUCUACACUGGGCACCCAUACACACAUGAGCACGCACAGAGGCAUGUCCCUAUGUCCAGCCUCACCAUCAUCACUGUCCUCUGCUGGUUGGAGGAGACACAGGGGUGGCACAUAUGGAUCUUCCAUUGGACGAAUGCCACAUGUCAGGAAGUGAGGGCCUAGGAGGCCCCCAUGGGGAAGGUUCUGGAUUUAUUCCCUCUUUUAGAUGCUAUAAAUACAUUAGCACUUGAACGACUGGAAGGCUGCGGGUAAUUUAGGAUGCACAAAGCUGUAAUUUAACUCACAGCAUCUCUAUGUGUGAGAGCAUUAAAGAUGUAAUUAAGAUGUUUACA